AGACAGGUUGCAGCAAUGUUUUCCUCCUCUCCUCUCCCACAGUUACAUCAUUGCAAGUUUUUUGCAAAAAUGGGGGAUGACCGACCUUUUGUGUGCAGCGCUCUUGGCUGUGGACAGAGAUUUACCAAUGAGGACCACUUGGCUGUUCACAAACACAAGCAUGAGAUGACACUGAAAUUUGGACCAGCCAGGACUGACUCUGUCAUUAUUGCAGACCAGACACCUACUCCCACCCGCUUCCUAAAGAACUGUGAAGAGGUUGGUCUGUUCAACGAGCUGGCCAGCUCCUUUGAACAAGGAGAGGAAAAGAGAGCAAAACUCUCUCUCCCUGCACCCAACUCUGUGGCUUUGGACAUGAGCCUGCAGACGCCAUCAGAGGUGAAGGUGAAAGAGGAAGCUCCUGUAGAGGUCGACUCCUCGCCGCCUGGCAGCCCUGAAUCUAUCUCCGACAUGUCAGACAGCAGCAGAGAACCUCUGGACACCCCACCCAGGAGUUCAGCCCCCACUCCAACUAUUGUGCGUCCAGGUUCCCUCCCACUACACCUUGGCUUCGAUGCCCUUCAACCCACCAUGCCUUCACCCACCUCUGUCAUCACACAAGCACCACCUUCCAAUCGAACUCUGGGCUCUCCGACCAGCCACUACCCCAUGAUGAUGCUUCCCUCUGGUCAGGCAGUUCCUGUGCUUCCUGGUCCAGGACAUAUUCCCUCUGUCAUUAAUCUUGUCCGACCCAUGUGUAUGGUACCCAACAUUCCUGGGAUCCCAGGUCCUCCUCUGGGAGGCAGCAGCAGCGGCUCUAACUCCCCCUCCGGCUACAGCAUCCACUCAGAGGCCAAGAUGCGUCUGAAGGCUGCACUGUCACAGCAGAGCCCGUCAGGACACAGUAUGGGGAUCAUGGCCAUGGGUGGCAGCCCAAUGAUCCCUCAGAGGGCAGAGCAGAGCCAGUUGCUCGUCCAGCAGCCAGAUGCUCCAUCACCUGCACAACCUCAGGUAUCUCCAGCACAGCCAACAGGUGGGCGGCGGCGGCGGACACUAGACGAUGAUCCAGAUGAGCGAAGGCAGCGCUUCCUCGAGAGGAAUCGAGCUGCGGCAUCGCGCUGCAGACAGAAACGCAAACUGUGGGUCAGUUCUUUAGAGAGGAAGGCUGAGGAUCUCUGCAACCUCAACGUCUCACUGUCGAAUGAAGUGUCUCUGUUGAGGAACGAAGUGGCCCAUUUGAAACAGCUGCUGCUGGCCCACAAGGACUGUCCUGUGACCACCCUACAGAAGAAGACUGCCUACUUAGCUGCAGAAGAGAGCAUGAAAGACACCUCAGAGCCCACAGGGUCCCCUGCCCCAGUGAUCCAGCACAGCUCUUUGGCGCACAGCCCUUCUGCAGGGCAUAAUGGUCUGAGCUCAAGGGCAGCAGCUGAGGCCAUGGCUAUGUCUGUGCUGGCAGGAAUGGGUCAGCAUCAGAGGUCUGAGAGUGGACCCUCUCACAUUAUCAUGGCUGCACAAUCUCAAUCUGCUGCCAGAUGAUGAGCGAUUCCACCACGGCCCAGAAUUGGCUCACACUCAUUUCCCAGGGGUACACAAGGGCAGCAGAUCCCCAACCUCCUCCCUCUUGAAUCUAGAAGUGAAAAUUUUGUAACCCCCCCCCCCCCCCCCCCCCCACCCCCCUCGCUGUGCUCCUCUGCUAUCUCUGCCCCCCCCCUGUACAGCCAUCAUGCUGUGGCCUGGAGCUCAGCAGCAGCCUUCUGGGAAUGGACCGAGACUUUGGAAAGAGCUUCCUGUUCACUUUGCCAUAGACUACAGGGGCUGGACUCCACCCUCACAUCCUCGUUUCCCCCUCUUGUGCUUCCCCUCUCAUCUCUCCUCUGUUCAGUAGGCACAACGCCUCACUGGACAGUAGGACUGCAUCGCUCUUGAGUGUACUGACGCAUUGAACUUUCCAUAUGGACACCUUAGCACGUGCACAGUUUCUAACACACAGGUGUUUCAAAGAUUCACAUGAUCAAAUCAGAUACCACACAGGGCUUCACACUGUAUUCAGCAGGGAAUAGUGCCUUGUUGAUCCUCGACUUUUCUAGCCACACACACACACACAACCACACACACGCCAUCAAAGCCUUUGUCCCUGUACAUCCUUGGCUCCAAAGACGCAGUCAUCGUCUAGACGUCUGACUCAAUUUUCACCGAAACUCUUUGUAAAUUGUUCCACCUCCAGGUGAUCUAAACACAGAACCCAAAACCUUACCUCAUGCAAACCUUUUAAGUUAAAAUAGAUUAACUGUGUGUGUGAUUGGCUCUGUGUGUAUAUAUUUAUGUACAUCAGAACAUAGCAGUUUGCCUACUCCUGAUCUCAUACGUUAAUAGCUGGAUUGUUAGCAUGGGACUUUUUCUAUUAGAGUGUUAUGUUGUUGAUACAGUAUGUGCAGCUAUAUAUUUUUUAUUAAUUGGCACAUCCAAUCCAAGAUUUGACCACAGAACCAAAAUACGCUAGAUUGACAGUGUGUUUUCUUAAAAUUAGUAUGUUUGAGGAUAUAUAUUAUUUUUUUUAAACCUGAAGGGAAUUACUCUGUCCCCUCCUUCCCACUUUACUCUAAAACAGACAGUUUUGCUGUUUAUUGGUUUGUUUCCAUUUGAUAUCAAAUUAUAUCUGGUGUUUCUCCGUGUGGGCUCUUGACUUCCUGUAACUGUUACUUUCACACUUCUCAGGAUGGUUGCACAUCCUUGCUGCUCAUUGGAAGUGCGAUGAACCGAUAGGUCUCUUUGCUCUCUACCAAACCUAAACUAAGCCAUAAUGACUUCAAAAAAAUGUAUCUCUGAAUCUCCAAAGACCAACUGGCACUUGUUAAAAGAAAAGAAGUACAUUUCUAGACUGUUUUUUUUUCGAUUCAGAGGUCACAGUGACACAAUCAUCAGUAAAUAAUUGCUUGUUACUUGCACUUGUUUGUUACACAGUCUCUCACACAAUGUCUCAUAUGUUUGCCUUAAGAUCACAUCGGUGCCUCGGAUAUUCACACUUAGAGAAUAAAAAGAUAUGCUCACAUGGAAAACAAUGGACCCUCAAAAAAUAUGAUGUUUAACAGCAUUUGGUCAUUUAAUUAAAUAAUAACCAAUUAAAGAUUGACCUAUUACGGAUUCCAAAAAGGCUUUGAACUCAAUGUUCCACCAUUAGUCUCUCCUCAGUGGCAAAAACAACAUUACUGGUCUGUCAUCUGGUGGAGACACACAGCAAAGACAUCCUCACGCUCUGAGAGAGAAGUUUAGAUGUUUCAUGACUUUCUGAUUGUCUCUUGUUCUUUUGAAACCCCACCAAGAUAUUUUAACAAGAUAUUUUUUUAUUUUUUACAUAGACACCUAAACUAGCUUUUUGCUUUUCUUGUUUUCUGUAUAUUUGCUUCUUUCUUUUGUCUGAUGCCAUCAUAUAUUUGAAAGAUGUGAUAAUUCAAAAAACAGAUAUCUGUCCACACAAGGGCAUGUUUUAUGCACUAAAAUGUUGAAAAUGUAUGUUUUAUUUGUGUUUCUGCUCUUUCAUUUGCAGUUCUCUUGUCCUCAUGGUUUUCAAAAAGAUAUCAGAUUUGUUUUUCUUAAUGAAAUUUCUCUUCUCUGUCAUGUAUACAUUAAUGGGAAUUUGCUCAGCAACUUUAACCUUUCACCUCUGACUGAACCUUUUAUCCAAUAGUUCCAAUGGAGACCCCGAUAUUUUGUUGUACUUUGGAGCUAGCGCUAUAUUUGGCUGGCAGUCCCUUUAUAGACUAUUGUUCAUAUGAAAUUUAAAUACCAACUAUAUUUAGCUUUCAGUUGUUCAUGUAAUUCAUGUCAUUGGCACCUUUUCUGUCAUUUCUUUUUGUUGUUGUGUUCUAGUUUCAACACCAUACAACCUUUGUCGUAGUAUGUCUAAAUGAACUGGUGGAUAGAAACUAAUUACUAUCAACACACAGAUUUCUUCUUUGUGUUUUUUUUUUCAGUCAUUAGUCCAACAAUAGGCAACAUCCCCUUUCUACAUGUUUGAAAAUGAAUUUGGGCGUCUCUAAUUACUGUCCUUGUCUAACUUAUUCUUUAAUUGGGCAACUAACAAUCAUCCUUACUGUCUUUGGCAUAUUAAUGUUACCUAGAAUUGUUGUAAAAAGAGGAAUCAAAUGAAAAAUGCAACAAUGUGAAUGUUGCACAAAGUGUAUUGAUGGUUUUUCACACUCCCGUUGAUGGACUUGAUGAUUUCAGAAAUUGUCCUUGUACUGUACAUAUCUGUACUAUACGAAAUAUAUUUACUUUUCCAUGCAUGUCCAAGUGGAAUACUAUGAACACUUACAGUGCUGCAGUUUUAAUUAAAGAAACUACAUCUUAAUAAACAUUUCACAUGUUU